UGAAUUGAGUAUGACGUCACCGUUAGUACUCGCGAUCGGCCAUUUUGUGAGUGUGUGCUUGAUCGAGAUAUUUGUAUUAAGCUUUUCCAGUAAGACCGAAUGAUUUAGUUUACGAGACAGGCUCGCUUUAAUUUUAUUACACGUGCUAAGAGCGCGGAAUAUUCCUGGACUUUACGUAGAUUCGUACGAUGGAGGAAAAAGCGUCGUUGAAAGAGCUCGACCAGUGGAUAGAACAAUUAAAUGACUGCCAACAACUAACAGAAAGCCAAGUGAAAACUCUGUGUGAGAAGGCGAAAGAAAUCUUAACUAAAGAGUCUAACGUACAAGAAGUAAAAUGUCCAGUAACAGUAUGUGGAGAUGUACAUGGACAGUUCCAUGAUUUGAUGGAAUUGUUCAGAAUAGGUGGCAAAUCUCCAGAUACAAAUUAUCUUUUUAUGGGUGACUAUGUAGAUCGUGGUUAUUAUUCGGUUGAAACUGUUACUUUGCUCGUUGCGCUUAAGGUCAGAUAUAGAGAAAGAAUAACAAUUUUACGAGGUAAUCAUGAAUCCAGACAAAUCACACAGGUAUAUGGAUUUUACGAUGAAUGUUUACGUAAAUACGGCAAUGCCAAUGUGUGGAAAUUUUUUACGGACCUUUUUGAUUAUUUACCAUUGACUGCGCUUGUGGACGGUCAAAUAUUUUGUUUACAUGGUGGUUUAUCUCCAUCGAUUGAUACAUUAGAUCAUAUACGUGGCUUAGAUCGUCUUCAAGAAGUACCACAUGAGGGUCCAAUGUGUGACCUUUUAUGGUCAGACCCGGAUGAUAGAGGAGGGUGGGGUAUUUCUCCUCGUGGGGCCGGAUAUACUUUUGGACAAGAUAUUUCUGAAACUUUUAAUCAUUCUAAUGGCCUGACAUUAGUAUCACGAGCACAUCAAUUAGUUAUGGAGGGCUACAAUUGGUGUCAUGAUCGUAACGUUGUAACUAUUUUCUCAGCGCCGAAUUAUUGCUAUCGUUGUGGAAAUCAGGCUGCUAUCAUGGAAUUAGACGAUGCUUUAAAAUAUUCAUUCCUUCAAUUUGAUCCAGCUCCGAGGCGUGGAGAGCCACAUGUUACUAGGCGGACACCAGACUAUUUCUUGUAAAGAGUCAAACCCCCAGAUUUAACUAUUAAGAGAGACGAAACACACAUCCGCGUAUUUGACGUGUGUCCAACACCAUACAUCUAGACACAACAUUAAUUGUAUACAUAAAAAGAAGAAACAAAUAAUAAUGUACACACGUACCGAUUAAAAAUUCACGUAUAACACUGAGUUCUACAACUUUCAUUCUACUGCUUGUAUUUUUAUUAUCAAAAGAUAAAGAAACGAACAUAAUACAUGGAUUGAACGCAAUAAGUAGAGCAAAUAAAAGUAUGCGCAUGGUAUUUGUUUUGAAACCUUGAACAAAUAUUAAUUGUUUAAAUAUUAAUGUUGUUAAUGUUGUCUAAGGUUUCAACGAGUAUACCAAAAACGAUCAUAGUUUAUAUUUAAGAGAGUGUCACAUAUAAUUAUUAAUACGAAUGGAGCAUGAAAUGUUCUCUUCUCAAGGAAAUAUAAAGAGGGUUGAUGCAACAGUAAAUUUGACACCUAAAAGUUGGUCAAUUGUGUUCAUUCUGUAUUUAUUUUACUUUUGAAAUUAUUUUAUUUCCAACCAACUCGAAAAGAUGUAGUUUCUAAAUCUUUUAUACAAAUUUAAGCACACAAUCAUCUUGUGAAUUUUAAAGAAAGAGCAAAACUUUUGCAUUGAUCCUAUCAAAACUUUCUAAGCGAUACACCCGCGCACGCGCGCAUGCCACACACACACACACACACACACACUCUUUAUACUGAAUGAGAAUUCAUGCAUUCACGAUCAUUAAAUUGAAAAUUGAUUGCUCAUAAUCCUACCGAUGACCUUUUUACUAAUUAAUAGAUAUAAAAUGAUGCUUUUGAUAAAUAAACAUGUGUAAUGCAAGUCAAAGAAACUUAAUGUGUUGUGUCAAAUCAUUCAUAUUCGUCAGUACACAAACAUAUUGUAUACAUGAACAUCGGAUGAAUUCACAGAAUACAUAUGUUCAUAGAAAUAAGCAAAUAAUUUGAGCAUAUGCAUAAUGAAAGCAAAACGAUACAGUAGAAUUAAUAAGGUGAAAAAAUGAAAUGUAUAGAUGCACACUAUAGCAAUUUACUAAGACUGUAAAUCUAAAAGAAAAUAGCACAGAACCAUAUUGUGGAUACAGCAACCCCUUCUGCGUCAUGCAGGGCCGAGCAUUUUUUUGUUUUUUUUAUUUUGUAUCACGUAUCAAGUACAUUCAAUGGAUUAUAAAAACUAAAAAUAAAAUUUCCUACAUAGAAUGAAAAGAAGAUUGUAGUACUACAAUAUAGAAGCAGAUGAGUUAAUUAGAAAUAAGCCUUACAUGAAAAUCAGUAAUAGAUCGUAGAACUUGUAUAGCUAAUUUUGUAUUCACUCUAUUUAUUCUCUCUUCUUAAAGUAUUUCAUACGAUGAAUAAAUUUCAAUAUCGCAGACAAAUUUAUUGUUAAAUUUGCUACAAAACGUUGUAAGCUAAUUAUUUUUUAUUUAUCAAAUUUUCAUCUGUUUUUCUUGUUCCGAUCCAGUUUCAGCAAUCGACAUCAAAUUUUUAUGUGCCUGCAUAUGCAGGUUAUUAUGAAAUUAUCAUACUCUUUGAAUUAAAGUAAAUCAAAUAAAACAUGCUUUUAUAACGAGCCGAUUGAUCACCAAUGCACAUGCAUAAACGUAAUUCAGAACUUAUAUAUCAAUAUGUCUCAACAUAUUUUAUGUUGUGUAUAUAAAUUUCUGGAAAUACGAUCGAUUUAUACCUGUAUAUAAUUAUUCUACACUAUAUGCUUAUUAUAUUUUGUACACAUAAAUUUCAGAUAACGCUUUACUAUAUCUUUUACAACGUUUUUAUAUUAGCCUAAACGAAUGCUUUGGGCAACUGUGAAUUAUGUGUGUGUAUUCGGUUUUUAACUUUCAGUAUACUUCAUUGU